AUGGCAUUCAAACGCCAAUACGAGUCGUUUGUUUGUUUGGGGAAAAACAAAAACCCAUUUAAGAAAUGGCUUUCAAAUCGGGAAUUACCCAACACUUGGGGCACAACAACACACCAGCUGUUGGCCAACCGUUGGUCAGCCUAUUCGGCCAUUGUUAGCCAUUACUUACAAUUGGAUGUAUUGGUUGUGUCGCUCAGUCGUCACCACUCGUGGGAUGCGAUGCGGGCUUUGAUGGUGUGUUUGAGUCAUUCGUGUGGACAUCACUUGUGUGUCACUCAACACAACCCGUAUAUCGUAUCCGCCGUUCGCUCUAUAAUAACAGCAAUAAUAAUAAUACUGACGAUCAGUACUGCAAACAACACCACAUAUUCACAGUCUGUGCAGGCGUUCAGUGUAUGGCUUGUGCUCUACAAUGCAUUACAAUAUANACAACCCGUAUAUCGUAUCCGCCGUUCGCUCUAUAAUAACAGCAAUAAUAAUAAUACUGACGAUCAGUACUGCAAACAACACCACAUAUUCACAGUCUGUGCAGGCGUUCAGUAGGAGUUUGUGUCCAAUCCGUGGUCUAUAGAGAUCCCGAAGUUCACCAAAGAGGACAACCCGUCGGGCAUUUUGGUUGAGAGCUCUUUCGCCACACUUUUCCCCAAAUAUCGCGAGAAAUACAUCACUGAAUGCUUUCCACUCCUGAAGAAUGCGCUCAAAGAAUGCGAAGUGAAGUGUGAAAUGGAUUUGAUUGAGGGCUCACUGACUGUGGCCACCACUCGCCAGACAUGGGAUCCCUAUGUCAUCAUCAAAGCCCGCGAUGUCAUCAAAUUGUUGUCGAGAAGCGUUCCCUACGAACAGGCGAUCAAAGUGUUGGCCGACGACACCGCCUGUGAUAUCAUUAAAAUCGGUUCUUUGGUCAGAAAUAAGGAGCGUUUCGUUAAGCGUCGGCAACGUCUGGUCGGUCCCAACGGAUCCACGCUUAAGGCCAUCGAACUGUUGACCAAUUGCUAUGUCUUAGUGCAGGGAACCACUGUGUCGGCCAUCGGGCCCCACAAAGGUCUGCAACACGUGCGCAAAAUAGUGGUCGACACCAUGAAGAACAUUCAUCCCGUCUAUAAUAUUAAGGCACUUAUGAUUAAAAGAGAAUUAGCGAAAGACCCGGAGCUUAAGAACCAGAAUUGGGACCGAUUUCUACCCCAUUAUAAGUCAAAGAAUCUCUCGAAACGCUUGAAACCGAAAGUUAUCACAAAUAAGGCCAACAAAGAGUACACGCCUUUCCCUCCGCAACAAACGGAGAGUAAAAUUGAUAAACAAUUGGCUUCUGGAGAGUAUUUCCUCAAUGAUAGCCAACGGAAGGCCAGGAAAAUGAAAGACAAAUUUGACAAUAAAGUGGCCGCAGAAGUGCGACGACAGGAGAAGCGAAGCGAACCAUUCGUUCCGCCCAAAGAGUCAUCGGAAGCGCAAACCACUAAAGAGUCAAACGCUUCGCAAAUAGAUAUCGAAAAGUUUAAGGAAAAAGUGAAGACAAUGCAAAAGACGGGUUUCGCUCGAUCUGAAGACUCCAUCGAUGGCCUAAAACCUAAGCAGAAUAGCAAUGAAAGUCGAAAACUGAAGCGAAAGAAUCGUAACGCCAGUCAUACGUGA